UCUAUCAUCAUUAUCGUCUCUAAUAUUUCAUCCGCUUGGUUCUCUAGCGUGUUACGUGAUCGAUGACUUAAUAGAAUCUAACCUGCAAUCGUCAUCGUUUUAUUUAUCAUCAUGAUAAAUAAAAUUAAAAAACGAUGUUUACGCACGCAAUAGUUCGAAGAAAUCUAGUUUUGUUUUCAUCCAAGUUAUUAUGCAAUUUACCGUAAAUCAUUUUUGCAUAAAUGGUGUUAACAGUAUUAACAAAAUCGUGAUAAUCCAUACAUUUCCAAUAUUGCAGUUUAUAACCUAAGAUAAGAAUAUAAACGUUAAGAAAGCAAGGAGAAGCUGUGCUUUUCUAUUCAUGUAUAAUUAAUUUUUUUUGCCAACAAUGGAGAAGCGAAAUACACUAUUUAUCUACUGCAUUUUCAUUGCUCUCCAAAGUGUUUAUGGGCUUCAUAGAAACCUGAGGUAUUAUGAAAUGAUUCACAGUACUCAUUUUCAACAUAAGAUUGUAAAGCGGGGUAUUCAUCAUAGCUAUCACCCAUAUAAUAAAAUAAAUGAAUUAGAAUUUUAUUCACAUGGACGUCAUUUCCGAUUAAUUUUAACACCUAAAAGAGAAGUUAUACAUUCCAAUUUUAAGGCGUAUGAAGUAAAUGCUGAUGGAAAAGAAAAAACUAUACAUUUAGAUCAUGACAGUUUUUAUCAUGGCCGAGUGUUUGGAGAAAUUGAGUCUCAUGCUCAAAUGCAUAUUGAUGAUGGCAUUGUGACGGGUAGUAUAACAAUUUCGGAUGAAACCUUUCAUAUUGAACCAUCCUGGAGGCAUCUUCCUUACGUAGAUAACAAAACAAUGAUUGUUUACAAAUCUUCCGAUGUCAAAUUCAGUUGGGAGCAUUAUGAAGAUGGAGAAGGUCACACACAUGGAGCUCCAAGAACUUGUGGUUAUGUCAAAGACAACUUAAAUUAUACGUUACGUGACGAUUUUGAGAAAGACAAUUUAGAAAUCAAUGAUAGUAAUAGCAGAGUAAAGAGGCAGACAGAAACUUACGAAUAUACACCGACAAAAACAAGAUGCCCAUUAUUAUUGGUUGCCGAUUAUCGAUUUUACCAAGAAAUGGGUGCUAGCAGUACAAAAACUACAAUCAAUUAUUUGAUAAGUUUAAUCGAUAGAGUGCAUAAGAUUUAUAACGACACUUUAUGGCAAGAACGUCAAGAGCAAGAUGGUUUCAAAGGGAUGGGUUUUGUCAUCAAGAAGAUAGUUGUUCACAGUGAACCGACAAGAGUCAGGGGUGGUGAAACACACUACAAUAUGGUUCGCGAGAAAUGGGAUGUCCGUACACUGCUCGAGGUGUUCAGUCGAGAAUAUAGCCAUAAAGAUUUUUGUUUGGCUCAUCUAUUUACCGAUCUCAAGUUUGAAGGUGGUAUCCUUGGAUUAGCUUAUGUAGGAUCUCCUCGUAGAAAUUCAGUGGGCGGUAUCUGUACACCAGAAUAUUUCAAAAACGGAUAUACAUUAUACUUAAACUCGGGACUGAGCUCCAGUAGAAAUCAUUAUGGACAAAGAGUAAUUACAAGAGAAGCCGAUUUAGUCACGGCACACGAAUUUGGUCAUAAUUGGGGUUCCGAACAUGAUCCAGAUAUUACAGAAUGUAGUCCGAGCGCAAGCCAAGGUGGAUCUUAUUUAAUGUAUACUUAUAGUGUUAGUGGCUACGAUGUAAAUAAUAAGAGAUUUUCACCAUGCAGCUUGCGAUCUAUCAGAAAGGUCUUGCAAGCCAAAUCUGGUCGCUGUUUCUCAGAGCCGGAGGAAUCGUUCUGUGGCAAUUUAAGAGUCGAAGGAGACGAGGAAUGUGAUGCGGGUCUUUUGGGAACAGAAGAUAACGAUUCGUGUUGUGACAAAAAUUGCAAGCUUCGACGUAAUCCAUCAGCAACUUGUAGUGACAAAAACUCUCCUUGCUGUCAGAAUUGCAAAUAUAUGGCUAUGGGAAUAAAAUGUCGCGAUGCACAAUAUGCCACUUGUGAACAAGAAUCGCGCUGCACCGGGCUGUCUAGCGAAUGUCCAAAAUCUCCAGCUAUGCAGGACGGCACUGGCUGUCUCGAACGUGGUCAAUGCCGUGGUGGCAAAUGCGUGCCAUACUGCGAGACUCAAAACUUACAAAGCUGCAUGUGUGAUACAAUUGCCGAUGCAUGUAAAAGAUGCUGUAGAAUGAGUUUAAACGAAACGUGCUUCCCGAUAGACCCGCAAGACAUUUUACCCGAUGGAACACCGUGUAUUCAAGGUUUUUGCAACAAGGGUACAUGUGAGAAAACGAUCCAAGACGUAGUAGAACGAUUUUGGGACAUCAUCGAGGAUAUAAAUAUCAAUAAAGUGAUGCGUUUUCUGAAAGAUAAUAUAGUAGGCGCUGUGAUAAUCAUCACUGCCAUUAUAUGGAUACCAGCAAGUUGCGUUAUCAGUUACAUCGAUCAUAGACGUGUCAAAGAGAAUGAAAAGAAGUGGCGGUGGAAACAUACGGAUGAGUUAAUUCAUCCGGAUGAACCGAGACAAGUGAUUUAUGUUGGUCAGCGACCAAGAGUGCAACAUGUUAUGCAUCAAUCAUAAGUUAUGAGUUUAGAUUAUUUACAUUGCAUUAUGUAUUUCAGUGUCUAGUCAAGAAAAUUUAUGUAAAAUGAUAUAUUUAUAUUACUUUAGAGUAACAAAAUAUUGUAAAUACUUUUCUUUCUAUUGCGUAUAUAGAAUUUUUAUAUAAUGCUGUAAAAUUUUAACGAAUUGAGCAAUUGAGCAAUGUAUUUCUAUACUACAUAGUAUAAUGGAACUAGCUGGCGGAUUUAGUCAGGAUUUAAUCAGAUGUAUAAGAAAUUUUCUUUUUACAAAUUUUUUUAUAUUGCAUAUGUACUUAUGUUUAAAUAUUAAAUCUCUCUAGUGUCCUCUAAUU